AUGGAUGCUUCGUACAUGGUCGCGGUAGCGUUGGCGAUGGCGGUAUGGUAUGGAUGGAAGUUUCUAGAAUGGAUUUGGUUGAAACCCAAGAGGAUGGAGAAGCAUCUAGCAAGUCAAGGAUUCAGGGGAAAUCCAUAUAGAAUUAUGUAUGGCGAUCUCAAAGAUUACUCUGCUGCAAUCAAGCAGGCACGUUCCGCUCCCAUUACCUUUUCAGACGACAUUCUUAAACGCAUCUUUCCAUUUCUUCACCAGAACGUCCAAACCUAUGGUAAGAACACAUUUAUAUGGAUUGCAAACAUACCAAGAGUAUACAUAAUGGAACCAGAUCUAAUAAAGGAGGUGCUGUCAAAGAAUUUCAACUAUCUCAAGGCCCAAACGAAUCCUCUCACCAAACUUUUGGUUACUGGAGUUGCUACCUAUGAUCUUGAUCAAUGGACCAAACACAGAAAAAUUGUCAACCCUGCUUUUCAUAUGGAGAAGUUAAAGCUUAUGCUUCCAGCAUUUCAAGUGAGUUGUGGUGACAUGAUAACUGCAUGGCAAAAGGCAAUGAAGACCUCAAAAGAGUUGGACAUAUGGCCAUACUUCCAAUCCUUGACUGCUGAUGCCAUUUCUCGAACAGCUUUCGGGAACUCCUACGAACAAGGAAGGAAGAUAUUUAAACUUCUCCAAAUACAAGCUGACCUCCUUACUCAAGCUCUAAGAUCGAUAUACAUUCCAGGAUCGAGGUUUCUACCCACAAAGAGAAACAUGAGAAUGAAGAGUAUAUAUAAAGAAUUAGAUGAUUUACUAAUUGAUCUAAUCAAGAGAAGAAUGAAGGAUUUGGAAGCUGGAGAAGCUAACAAAGAAGAUUUGUUGAACAUAUUACUAGAAUGCAACAACAGAGAGGCUAAUCAACACCAAGCUGUUAGUAAACAUGGGAAGAAGAUUAAUAUGGGAAUGACUAUUAAAGACGUAGUAGAAGAAUGCAAGCUCUUCUAUUUCGCCGGUCAGGAAACCACCUCGUCUUUACUCCUUUGGACAAUGUACCUAUUAUCUCAACAUCAAGAAUGGCAACAUCGAGCAAGAGAAGAAGUUUUACAGGUAUUUGGGAAGAAUAACAAACCAGAUUUCGAUGGGCUCAACCGCCUUAAGAUUGUAACAAUGAUAUUGUACGAGGUGCUAAGGAUUUUUCCUCCGGCGGCUGAACUCAAUAGGUUCAUUAAGGAAGAUGUGAAACUAGGAGAAUCACUUCAUUUGCAAGCUGGGACAUCAAUAAAUUUACCCAUCAUAUUUGUCCAUCAAGACAAAGAGAUUUGGGGAGACGACGCAAAAGAAUUCAAGCCAGAGCGAUUCGCGGAAGGAAUAUUGAAGGCUACAAAAGGUCAAGUCUCGUAUUUCCCGUUUAGUUGCGGGCCGAGAGUUUGCGUUGGACAGAAUUUCUCGAUGCUAGAGGCAAAGAUGACUAUAGCUAUGAUCCUUCAACGAUUCGCAUUCGAGCUGUCUCCUAAUUAUAUCCAUGCCCCAUAUUAUGUCCUCACCAUUCAACCUCAAUUUGGUGUACAACUCAUUAUGCAUGAGAUAUAG